AAAAAAAAAGACAAACGGAGAACUACGAAAGAAAUCGACACUUGUUACAUCGAUUAACCGAAGUCGAAAAUUUUUUGUAUUCUCUUCUUCUUAUUAUUCUUCUUUCUGAUCUAUUCAUGCUCGACGUAUUUGGAUUUGCGAAGCGAUUCCUGUUGAUGCACUCCAACUUCGAUAGUUUCAUGAGAUACUUGAACAGAGAGCAGUUGUGUUGGUGGUCUUGUCAAAUCCCAAGUGGCCACGCCUGUUGAGGGAGCUCCAAGGAGACCAUACAGGAGCAUAAACAACCAAAUCUUGGGUUGUAGGCAAAGGCAAUGAUCAUCCAGUCUGGAGGUGAUGGCAAACAAUGUUAGCAAUUCUCACUCCCAUGGAGAGCAGUCUUCAGAAGUUCACACAUUUUCCAAUGAUGAAAAGAAACCAAUGGAUGAAGGUGUUAAUACAUCCAUUUUUGUAAACCAAGCUGCAAUAAUUUGGCAUGAAAAUAGAAGACAGUGGAUUGGAGAUGAAUCUCAAAAGUCACCAAGAGUUGCAAAGGAUCCAGUUAUAAGCUGGUCAACUACUUAUGACGAACUACUCUCGACUAAUGAGCCUUUUCCCCAGCCAAUCCCAUUGUCUGAGAUGGUAGAUUUUUUAGUUGAUAUAUGGCAUGAAGAAGGACUCUAUGAUUAGAUAAUCGUGUAAUUUCCUCUCUGGCCAGUAAGAGCAUCUGCUUUUAUUUAUAGAGACUGAUUGAAGAUGAAGGAUACCUAUACCAUAACAGCAUUUAACCUACAAAACCAGGCUGAUCAUUUAAGUCUGGUUUUCUCAUUGAUAAUGGCAAUAUUUAGAAUUUUGAUAAACAGAAUGUACUGAGGAAUUGUAUUCGUGAAGUAUUGUAAUCUUCUUAGGGUUUCAAUUCAAGAGUUUAGGCUCAACUUGUUUAUGGAUAUGUUAUUGCUUCAAUCCUUAGCUAAAGAUGGAACUGUAUUUUUUUUUUCU